UGAAUAAAAAAGAAAUAGUAGCUUGAAAAUAUCCCAUCUGGUCGGUAAUGAGUCUGAUGAAUUAAAUUAUGAGCAAUAGCAAAGGCCCUGUAGCAACAAAGCAUGGGCAAGGUUGAGGGAGCCAAACAAGUGUUGACGCAUGUUUAAGCUGAAUUGGGGGAUAGAUAUAUAGAUGAUGCCAUUUCUGUCGUAUGUAGAACCAAUUCGUGGCCGUUCAAUUACAAUAACUCAGCAAGUGCGACAUGGGUCCUAAUCUCCAACUUGUAUUUUUUUCUAAUGCAAAAAAUGUUGCUACUCUGCUUAGUGUAUAAAAAUGAGUGACCCCUUGUUUGAUUUUUGUGCUGUGUGCUGUGUCCGUGUCGCAAUUCAGGACUCUCUUUCUGUCUUCCAGUCUUUUCCUUCUUAGUUUUGCACUUUUCAUUCCCUUCAACUUCAACCCCUUGCUUCUUUUCAUUCCUUUUGUCUCUCUCAACUCAAACAACAUGUUACUAAGAACUUCCACCGUACCAAUUCCAAGCUCAUGGCUUCCCCAUUCCAAAGAAUCCCUUCCUAGAACACUUUCAACUCCUCUAAAAAACUUGCUUCACACAGACCCUCAUAAUCAUACCCCAUCAAAGCCUCCGAAGAAACCUUGCAUGUCACCAAUUAAAGUCCUUGAGAACCAUCGGAGCAUCAAGAUGAAAGAAAGUGAUGAUGAACUGUUUUCAAGUUCUGGUUUAGAUAAUAAGCUUGAAGGUAGCAGCAGGUUGCAGACUUUAGUGAUGGGUGGUGGGAUGGGGAGUGGUGGUGUCAGGGUUUGUGGUGGAAGAGGCUCACAUGGUAGGGAUGGGACAGAUGCUUAUUACCAGAACAUGAUUCAAGCAAACCCCAAUAAUGCUCUUUUGCUUGGAAAUUAUGCUAAGUUUUUGAAGGAGGUUCGUGGAGAUUAUCCUAAAGCAGAGCAGUAUCUUGAAAGAGCUAUUUUGGCUGAUCCUGGCGAUGCUAAUGUUUUGUCCCUCUACGCGGAUUUAAUAUGGCAAACAGAGAAGAAUGCUGAUCGAGCUGAGGGCUAUUUUGAUCAAGCUAUUAAAAGUGCCCCGGAUGAUUGCUAUGUGAUGGCUUCUUAUGCAAGAUUCCUCUGGGAUGUUGAAGAAGAUGAAGAUAAGGACUGUCAACAUAAGACUGAUCACGGCCAUGCAUAUCCACCUGAUCUUUUUCAAGAAACCAAAGGCAGCCCUCAUGUUACUGCAGCCUUUCAAUCCUACGUAUCUGAGUGAACUUGGAUAUAUAUCUUACAAGACAAAUGAACCAUAAUAGUCUCAAUUCUCAAACAAUAAUGCUUGCCAGUUUUUCACCUCUUGGAAGUGGCUACUAUAUAGGGUUGAGUAAAGUAGAGAUGACUAUCUAGCUGUAAAUAGCUUAUGCCAUAAAUAAGAGAAACCUGUAUGUAUUAUGUUUGUUGUAUACCAGUGGGGCUUCGAAUGCUGUAUGAGAACAUGAAAUUUUGGUAGAAAUUAUAAGGAAUAGACAACAGCCCUUUUAAUCUUCUA